GGGCGUGGGCUCUACACUCCUCAUCUCCUCUGCUCUCUGUGGAAGCACAUUGUUCAACGCGGGCUCCCUUCACCCAGAACCAAUGAAUGCUUUGGUGGCUAUUAGCUUCUGAAAACCAAACACUUUCCCGGAGAUAACAAGGUGCAGAUAUCUGUCGGCGGCGGGAAGCAGACCAAGAACAUUUUGUUUCGUCUUCAUUUUCCCAGCUGAGAGGCAACAGAGUUUAAGAUUUUUUUUUCUCUUCUCCUGUGGACGAAACGUCGCUGUUGUCGCUAAUUAGACCCCUGCUUGUUCAGUGCUCUGUGUGUGUGCGCGUGGUGAGCAGCAGCAGCAAGGAUGACGGAGUAUAAGCUGGUGGUGGUGGGAGCAGGAGGCGUGGGCAAGAGUGCACUCACCAUCCAGCUCAUCCAGAACCACUUUGUGGACGAGUACGACCCCACUAUAGAGGACUCGUACAGGAAGCAGGUUGUGAUUGACGGGGAGACCUGCCUGCUGGACAUCCUGGACACUGCAGGUCAGGAGGAGUACAGCGCCAUGAGGGAUCAGUACAUGAGGACAGGGGAGGGCUUCCUCUGUGUCUUCGCUAUAAACAACACUAAGUCUUUUGAGGACAUUCAUCAAUACAGGGAACAGAUUAAACGUGUAAAAGACUCAGACGAUGUGCCAAUGGUGCUUGUGGGAAACAAAUGUGACCUCCCUGCACGCACGGUGGACACAAGGCAAGCCCAGGAACUUGCCCGAUCCUACGGCAUUCCUUACAUUGAGACCUCUGCCAAGACACGACAGGGAGUAGAGGACGCCUUCUAUACACUGGUUAGAGAGAUCAGACAUCAUAAGCUGAGGAAGCUAAACCCACCUGAUGAGAGCGGUCAGGACUGUAUGAGCUGUCGCUGUGUGGUAUCGUGAUGCAGCUGACUGUUGCACAUUUAGAAAAAAUGCUACAGUGCGUAGCGGCAGCAUGGACUUACAGAAAGAACGAUGAAACAACUCAAUGAUGAAAUAUAAACUUUUUCAAAAAGAGGAUGAUCGAAGCAAAGGCCCUAAAGGACACCACCAGAGCUGACUGUACCAUGGACCUUUAUGGACAGGAGGAUUUGGACUGUUGCCUUAAUGGCUACCUGAACUCGCCUGGUCUGGCCCUAUUUUAGUUUUUGGUUCGCACGUCGACCUGAGAGCAACACCACUAAUGACUCUUUGUCGACUCCAGUGUGGUCUCGCUGGGUGGCUCCACAAGAUCCCUGCUAACUUAUUGUUUUCAGUCUCAACACUGGUCUUGAAAGGGGUGUCUCCGACCUCUUCCCACCUUGAAAAUCUAACCCCCCCCCCCCCCCCGCCUGCCCACUGGAAGGACUGACUGACUUAAAUGGAAAAGACUGGAAUGGACAUUUAGUUACCCUAACACCUCUUGCAUAGAUAUUCUCCUUAUCCCACUCUACAUGCCUUUGGUUUUUCUCAGAAGUCUGUGUUGUCCCUUUAUUGUACUGGAAACAGAGGGUGGAGGCUGACAUGGGAAAGUCUAUGAUUUGUUGUUGUUGCUUUUUAACAGUUUAAAAAAAAAAAGAAAUCUCAGAUUUUGUUUUUGAUACUGAACUUUUUUGUGAUCACAGAAUUUAAAAGUCACGGAGCAAUAUGUAAGAAAGGUUGUUCAUCUUAUGGAACCUGGUUUAACACUCUUCAUUAACCUGCCUGAUACAAUUUGGAUCCUCUUUUUUUAGAAUAGAAAAGUUCAAUUGAGAAUUUAAAGCAAGAUAAAUGUCCAGUAUGCAGUUCUCUACUUGUCUCUGCUAAGAGGUAUCGUUGUGGAAUAAUAAUAGUAAUGGCUAGUGUACGUAGGUUCAGGUGCAAUAGGAUUCUUCUCGGUUACCCAGAACAUUGGGAUCAAACCACCUCUCACGGCUACUAAUUUUCCUGUGUUCAUCUGAUUUAGAAAGGAGAGGUACCAUGCAGGAAAAUUAAGUUGUCAUCUUUCUUUGUAAAACUUGGAGAGGCCUGUCGAAAGGAGGAAAACACAAUGACUAGUUGCUUUUUCCUACAUUUCGUCCAACUUUUAUCCAACACAUGGUGAUAACAUCUUCUUCUUUUUAUUGCAAGAAACACUCCAUGUGGUUAAUAAGGCUCAGGAAUCAGGGUCCAGGAUGUCUCACCUAGCAGUCCUGUAAACCAGGGUUAAGGAUGUCACUGGUUAGCUUUCAGAGUGAAACACAUCUCUGCCUCAGAGUUGAACUUGAGUUUUUUUUUCUCCCCCACACACACACACACACCAUACUACCCUCAAACUGCUCUUCUCUCUCUUUAUCACCUCAGCUCUUAGAUGGAACAAUAACAGGUCGGGUGCUAAUCAUGUCAGAACCAGACUUACCGUGUAUGUAAGAGUGCAUAGUAUCAACUAGCUUGUGCUCUCCACAUCUGCGUUAUUUUGCUGCCUUAGUGGAAAAAGACAGCUCUGUAUUGACUUUGCCUUAUCUGUUUGCUAGUUUGUACCUCAUGUAUGCAGCGAGUUCUACCUGAGACGACUGUGUGUUUUGUUUGCUGCAUUGUUUUGUCUGUUUGUUUGUGUGCAACUAAGAAAAUGUCAGAGGUGUUUGAGUUCAAACAUGCGCUGUAUAAAAUUUGAAUGAGUCCCUAAAAACACUACACAGAUUAUGAAAAAAGGGUUAUCUACAGUUGCUAUGCGUCUGAACGUGAUCUUAUUUAACAUGACUGAAAAACGUACUAGAAUUGUUUAGACGGAGCCCAUUAAAAGCCAAUUGUCUUGCUACUAUUUUCGUAUAUUUAGAUUGGUACAUGUGAUGGUGAUCGAUUGCUAUAAAAUGUUACUUUUAAUUCAGAUUUUUCUUAAACAGUGUAGACGAUUUAUCAUGUUCAAUAAUAUGUGAAGUUUUAGAAACUGGCAGAUUUCGGCCCCCUGCUUCUUAUGCAAACCACAAAAACAUGGGACCUCUUCCAUCAGAGAAAAUCAAAUGUUCUUUUGCCAUUGCUUUUCUUUAAGGGAAAAUGAUUUUGUACAGCUAAAGUGACUUUUUCAUUCAUGAAAUGGCUUAAAGAAUCAUGAUCAGUCUUAGUAACUGUGUGGAUGGUAGUGGUCAAGUUGUUUUUAUCAGUUAACUGUUCAUUUCUCUGCUUUGAGCAGGAAUGCGAUCUGUGAAUGUGUUUGAGUCUUUAGAUCUUUUUUAAAAAGAAGCGUUGUGUUUCAAAUUUACAACAUUUGAGAUAAUGCAGAAGUUGGCUUUUUUCAUACUUUGUACUCAAACCUUUAAAACCGAAAGAUUGUGGUGUUUGUAACCUGUAAUGACAGUCCUGAUAGUGUUUGCUUGUCCUCUCCCUCUUUAAACAGUACAUCCAUGAUAAAACCACAAAAUUCCACAAAUCUAUGUUUCUGAAAUACCAUUGCUUUAGAAUACCCCCAUCAUGUCAUCACAGGAAACUCCAGCCAGCACACCACAAGUAUACAUGUCAGAAAACCUGGCGAGCAUGACAAAGACUGUAUGGACCAUUUGGGAGUUUUUCACAAGGACAUAGUGGGCUCAAGGGCUUGUUUCUCCCUUGCAAACUGUGGAUCUGGGGUGUUGAAGAAGAAUUUGUGAAAAAAUGUCAACUGUUUAGCUAUUUAAGAUGUAUUUACUCUUUGAACAUGUGGCAAAUGUAUUGCAGGACAGGAAUAAAGAUGUCAAGAUUAAAA